CCUCCCGCAAGUGCAGCGUGCCGUCAGCCUCAUGCCGUGGUCCAUCAGCACCGACAAGCUGGAGCAGAUCGAGGAAGAAUGCGAAGGCCCAGAAAGUCUCGCGGAAGGACGGGAGCUCCGCAGCGUCCGAGAGUUCCUGGAAACGCUCUCAGCGCGACUGGCAGGAGGCCCGCUGGAGACCGCUAGUGUGACGCCGCUCUACGACCAUCCUGCAUAUGUGAGCAUGUUCGAGCGCCAUCAUCACGAGCUCCGCUCCACGCUGGCUGCACUCGCCACCGCGCUACGGGACGCGCUUACAAAUCUGCCACCAACCCGCGACGCAGCGCCAUCGGCCAGCAGUGCUCACGCGCAGCUGAAGAGACUGGUCGCAAGAGUGGUGGAAGAGGCUGCGGCGUUGCCAGCUCUCGCGAGAUAUGCGGCUGAACCGCAGGCCCCGCAUGAUACCUAUGAAGAUCUGCUGGCUACUGCUAUUCUUAAUAAGGUGAUCGAGCGCUACCAGACGGAAGGAUCCGGAGGCCGAAGCAGCGGGAUCCACUCAGCCAGCGCCAGCCCAUCACCUUCAGACCGAUCUACGCCAAGAUCUCUUAACACCAGGCAUAGAAGGGAUAUUACCCCACCACUACGCGAAGAAGAUGACGUCUCCGAUUGGGAAGAAGGGGCUACAGAGGAAACAGUAGAGCUGCCGAGACGAGUGCCUUUCCCAGACUUCAGCGAAGAAAUACAACACACGGAAAAUGGCGACCGCGAUUUCGACGAAGUAUCUGGCAGCGAGAUACAAUCCAUUGAUGGUACAUGGGAGGAGAACUGGCUAUUCCAGAAAAAGAAGAUCAAAACAAUACAGUCCGUCCCAGUUCCUAUGCUCGUUCCUAAUUCAAACGCUGAAUACAAAGCCAUGAUAGGCGACAGAGACGCUGACGAUACCACCGAUCUAUCAGACAACGCAUCAGACAGUGAAACAGAAGAAAUAGACUACAAAAGUGACAUAAAAAGAGUACUAGAAUCUAAACAUGUUAUAGGAGGAGCACCUAGCAUUGAUGAACUGGACUUUGAACCAGAUAGUUUAACUAUCAUAGACGGUUCAGAUGAUUUUGAGAAGAUAGAUGAAAAGGGAUACAUGAAAAACAAACUAGUUGACGUUGUCAACAACGAAGUCAAGGGUUACCACGUAAAUGGAGAGAAAAUAAACGGUAAUGUAAAUGGUAAAUUAGAUGAUGGAUCGGUACUAAUCGUUGGCAUGGAUAGUGGACCAUUGAGAAAAGCGGAAUUCGCAUUAAAGGAAGAAAUACACAGGACAACAUUGAACGGUAACGUCGAUGCGUAUAUUGAAGAUCUGAAGACGAAAGAAAAUGAUGAAGUUUUCACAAAUGGAAACAAGACUAAUAAUAAAAACACAUUAAGCCGCCACGAGCGAGAAAGAGAAGAUGAAGAAACAGUGACACUCCCUGUGCAAAGAUAUGCCGACAGUCUUCGAAGAAAACAUUUCGAUGACGAGCCACAACAGAUCCCAACGCGUGAUACUGAUCAUGAAGAUGACCUCAUACCAGGAUCCAUAGCCUACAGAGAGCGUAAAAAAUGGCUAAACUACGUCGAAAUGCCAAACAACCCGUAUUCACCAGAGGCUAUCCAAAAACGACUCUCAUCCAAAAGCACAUCAUCUCUCUUCGACACGCUGACAUCCAAAUCGAAAAUCGAAGACAGCGUAGAUGAAGUAGAUGGAGAUAUAAAGGAUGAGAAAGACAAUAUGGAACAAAAGAAAGUUCCAGUGAAGGAAUUGAAGCCAUCAUUGAGUGUCAGUUCUGAUGAUGUUCACAUGAAUGGAAGUAGAUCGAAGAGUCCAUCGCCGAAGAUUUUGAAGGACGUGUUGGCGGAGGAAAUACCACAAUACAAACGCUACGGCCGAGAUUAUUACGUAAGAGAGGCGAAAUCGAGCACGGGCAGCCGCAAGAAGGGCCUCAGUGAGACCAGCUCGUUAUCCUCCAUUAAUAAAUCCACCAGCCUGGACAAUGUGAAUGAGCUGACUUCGCCUGUAAGUGCCAGCUCCUCCCUGAGCGACCUGGAGGCGUGUGCGCUCCACCAGAACAUCGUCCGAGCCGUCCUCAGCCCCAGAAACGCCAGCCCCAACUUCGCCAUUAACCCCAUUUUCGAAACCGACAGACAGAACGAUAACGCUGACGAAAAUCAUGCCGACGAACGUAACGGUCGAGACCACGGAUUACUUAUAAAGCAAUUCAAUUCGAUUGCCUCCAACCAGCGGUACAAAACGCUCGCUGGCAACGAAGUUACUAUAAAACCGAUACCUACAAAAGAUAUAAUGAUAGAUUAUGAAGACGCAAACGAACAGACACUAUUCUCCGCAAAACCAGUGUAUGUAGAUGAAGAUGAAAAGAAAUUCGAAGAAAUACUACAAACAUACCAAGCACCUUUAAACGUAUCAAUAGUGAACAUAGUCGAAGAACCACAGAAAUCUCCGAGCAAUCUCAGCGUAGACAACUCUUAUUUAAGUUCAAGUAGUUUGGAGGAUUCGAUCAAAAUAUACAACGUGCAAACAGGCGAGAUCGUGAAAUGUAAACCGGAAGAUAAGUUAUCAGAGCCAAGAUAUGAAAGUGAUGGAAGUGACAACAUUGAAACGCAAGAUAAGAAAGACGAAGCCAUCAGUCUCACUGAAAGCGACGUUGUGAUCGUUGAAGAUGAAAUAGAUGAGGAUAAAUCGGAGAAUAUUAGUGAAAUAGAAGAUAUAUUGUCGCAGUUGCCUAAAGUGAAAGAGUUAGCUAAGAAGUUUGUGAGCAUGGAUAACUUGAACGAACCUAUUAAGGCACCACAACCAGGCCCCCUAAAAAGACAAAAGAGCAAAGAGAACAUAUUCUCUGAAAAACAGAACAAACUAGUCUACAUGCACAGCCUAACCGCCAGAAGCAUCUCCAAAGAAUUCAGAGAGGAACUGAAACUCUCCAUGGCGACCCCGUUAAAGGUGCCUGGGGGGUCGAAUGAGAUCCCAGAGGGCACUGAAGACGUGAUUAAGGAGUCUAGUCGACCCCCAAGCCCGAUGCCUGAACCAGGGACCAUUAAGACUAAGUUAGCGUUCUUUGAGAGUUUGAAAUCUAAGUUUAGCAGCAAAUAGGUGGUUUGAAAAUCAGUACCGUUUACUGAGGUUUUUUAUUUAGUGGUGAUCAGAGUAUUAUUAUCAUCAGUAAGAGGUGUAAAGUCCAAGAAAAAAUCCUGCUAUGAAUUUGACAGCUUAUGUACCUAAAUGGCCGCAUUAGUUGUCAAAAAAUGACGUUUGACAUUCCAGUUACCGCAAAACAUGGCGCAGUAUAGCGCCUUCUACUUUAGCUGUCAAACUUAAGCGAUUUCUUUUUAGACGUUACUUCUACUACAAUGAUAACUCUGUGAUUGUGAUAAAGAAAUUUCAUCCUUAGUGGUAUUCCGGUAAGGUUGAAUUUCCUAUGUUAUCAUUUUAGGUCGUUCACAAGCUCUUGACGACUGCUUUAGGCAAACUACGAAUAUCGUACAUUUAAAGAUCUGUUUUUUAUCACAUGGAAAUCCCAAAUAUAAUCACAUGUUUUAUCGCUGUGUAAAUACGGAGUAUAACAAAAUGAACUUUAUUGCAAGUGUAGUAAAACUAGAAUUUCCUUAAAUUAUCUAUUUGGUGAAUCAAUUUUUUCUUGUGACUCGUUGCCAUGGUAACGUUCCCGUGGGCAACUUUAAAACCCGUUAUUUUAUGCAGUACCUGUUUCAAUUGGUCAAAUAUGAAUGUUUGUGCUAGUUAUAAGCCCUUUCCAUAAUGGGCCAUCUUACUAUGCAUACUAGUAGAACGUAAUACAGCAUUUUUUGACAAAGAAACAAACAACAAAAAAUUGUUAAUGCACCCAAAUAAUCCUUGAUUUGGGUUAUUUACAAAAACCUAUAUUAAAUUCAGUAUUUCAUGUAGGUCCAAGAUACUCUACAGGGCAAAACAUAUUUACUUUUGAUUGAGUUGUCUUUAUUAAUUCCAUGAACCUAGAACUUAUUUAGUUUGUUUAUAUAAACAAUAUUAAAUAACUAGAGUAGAAAAGGCAUGAUUUUCUGUACAUUUGCGUACAUUCACGCAGUUACGAUUACAUUUGUUUAUUUUU